AUAAUCACUGACAUUCUCACGUAUGAAGCGUGUAGAUUUACGUGUGUUGUUAUUUUCUAUUACAAAAAAAGACUUGCAAAUUAAAAAAAAAAAAACGAGAAGAGCAAAAAAAAAGAAGAGCAGAAUCGACAGAAAAUUCAAAACUAUACGACACAAAUGACGACGUAAAAUUUAGCAGUUUUGCAAUAAAAUAAAGUUUAUUUUGGUUGUUGUACGGAAAAAUUGUGUGGAAUUUGUGUAUACUUGUGAGGUUCCCAUUCCAUUUGGAUGGGUCAAGUGAAAAUUACUCGAGAGAAAGAAAUUCAGUGCAGUUCCACGCAGAAAUAUCCAAAAUAAAUUUGUUGUGGAGUGUAGUGUGGUAUUUUUUUUCAUUUGCAAAGUGUCUACUUUUUUUCGUCGUGUUUUAUGAGCGAAUACCGAGAGAGAUUUUCGUGUAAAGUGUGACAAAAACCAAAUUUUUUUUUAUCGUAAAAAGAUAUAAAUCAUUGUGAUUAAUUUUGUUUGAAACGGUUGCGCGCUUUCAUUACACUUGUUAGUUUUGAGCCAAUUAAGAAAGAUUGUGAGUGAUAUUUGUUGUUGUUAUUAUGAUGGAUUUCAUUGUGUGCACUGCAUGAUGGUCAUUCACAAGUUGUUCGCGUAUGCUAUUCGAUGAGCCUAUUGAACGGGAGAGUGUCAGUACGCGUUUGUGCUCUCCACAAAGCGUUCGGUCAGCAUUAUAACUCUCUGUUGCACAUUUCUUCCAGCUAACACGAUAACUCAAUCAAUCGGAUGAAAUAUUCUCGGAAAAUUGCCCAAUCUUGCCCAAACAAAGCAAAAAGUCAUUGAAUCUGAUAGUAGAACUACGUAUUAUACAAAAUAUAAUUUAUUAUUUGGCCAUCAUCCCAUGAAAAAAACAAAAACAAAAACGAUACGCCAAGACUAAGCAUAGAAAGUGAUACAAUUUUUGUCGAAUUUAUUUGUAUUUAUGACAUAUCAUUCUGAAGCGCGUCAAAUUCGAGAUCAACACAUGGAAACAAUGAAAUCGACUUAACAAGAGAGAAUCGCAAAAAUAUUGAUAAAACACGCCGUUAUAUAAUCCUUUUGUUUGUUACGAUUUUAAUUUGAACAAAUAUUUAUAAUACAAAAUCAAGUCGCAGAAGACGACAACUGAAAGAAAGAGAGAGAGAGAGAAACGUCAUCCAGGAUACAGAGGCGUGUAUGGAAAGGUUAACAUAAGUUCGAUAUCUUCGGAAAGUGCGCUGAAUGUGAUUUCAUUUUGCGCCUGCUGCACUUGCAGAGUGCAAUAGAAUCGAACAAUUUGUGUGUGCAGAUGCUCACAAUUUUCCCAUUUUAGCACCGGGCAUUUUCGGUAAUUGCAUUCGUCGUGUGAACAGAGAAGCGCAUAUCAUCAAGCAAACGUCAACAAUUUUACGGUGAUUUUUCAUGGAAAUUAUAGUUUUUAGAAUCGAACUUAAAUCGAUCGUUCAUUUAUUAAAGUGUUUAUCAACAUCAUCAAUCAUAGUUAUAAAGAGCAAUUUGGCAGUCACAUAAAAACAAAUUAAAUUGAUUGCAUUGUCUCUGUGACAACGAAUCGGCUCAUUAAAUUAAUAGUUACUAGUGAGAGUUCAAGUACAAAUCAAAAGAGCAAAGAAAUGGAGUGAUGUAGUGCCAUUCACGCAUAGAAAAUUUGCAAAAGACCUUUGUAUAUUGAGAGAAAAAAAAAAACAACAACAACAACAUAUAAUUCAGGAAAACGUGAAGUGAAAACCAAUCGAUAUUAUGUGUGUACGAUUCUUUAUUGCAAGCACGCCAAUGAAAUAAAAUAAAACCAAACCGAACUAAAUAAUCCUAGAUUGCAAACAGACACACACAAACAAAUAAGAGUAACAAUCAACUUAUUGAAUGAAUGAUUCAUGUUCAACUCAUGCAACAACACAUCCAAAAAGCAAUAGCAAUGAAACAAAAUAACAUAAUCAUAGCCUAGAUAAGUGAAACGAGAAGAAACAAAACAAUUGCAAGUUAAUACAAAAAAAACGAGCGAACAAAAAAAAUAAAAGCAAUUUUUGUUUGUUUCAACCGGGCAAUACAACGUAAGCCCACGCCGGAAAAAGGAGAACUUAUGAUAUAGUGAAGAGAAGAAGACGAGAAAGAGAUAAAAACAACAUACAUCCCAAUCGAAACAGAUCAGCAAAAUAUCGUUUUCUUUAGAGAAAAAAAAAACAUAACAAAUUUACAAGCAAUGGAAAUGGAACAGCAACAAAAUAAUGAAUUGGAUCCAAGAAUUCAGAUUGAAUUGGAAAACUUGAAUACAGCCACGGAAGAAAUCAAUCGAUUGGAAAUCGAAUUAGAGGAAGCAAAUUCAACAUUUAACAUAUUAUACAAUGAAUCAACGCGUCGUUUGAAAUUGCUGAUAAAAAAGUUGGGUAGUUGCAUCGAAAAGUCACGGCCAUAUUAUGAAAAUUCGGAAAAAGCUCGUUUGGCGCGCAUUGAAUGUCAAGCUGCCGCAGCUGAAUUUCGGCGUGCAAAUGAAAUACAUGCGGCAGCCAAAGAAACAGUUGCACUUGCAGAAGAACGAUUUAUGACAAAUUCGCACAAUUGGCCAUUUGACAAUGCAUGGCAGGAAAUGUUGAAUCAUGCAACAAACAAGGUUGCCGAAGCAGAGAAGAAAAAGGCUGAAGCUCAUGCAGAGCAUCAACGGAAAGCGCAUGUUUUCAAUAAAAUCGAUUUAGAGACGCAACAAAUUGAAGAGCGUCAACGGCGAAAUAUUCAAAAAUCACGUCCAUAUUUUGAAGAAAAGCAAUUGUGUCAAGAGCAGCUUGAGACUCAAAAAGAGCGCAUCCAUGAGCUUGAAAUACAAAUAAAAAGUACAAAAGCAUCGUAUGCGAUGUCGUUGAAAAAUUUAGAGAAAAUCAGUGAAGAAAUUCAUCGAACGCGUGGCACCGAUUUGAGUAUAACACCGCCAGGACCAAUGGGCGAACGUGAACCGGGCGUCGGUGCAACCGAUGACGAUGACUACGAAGAUCCAAGCUCAAGUGAUACGAUUAAAGAUGAAAACAGCAAAAAUAAACUUAAGAAUUUACCCAUUGCCGAUAUCAUGAAUCAAAUGGAAAAUGAUAAUUCAAUGGAUGCAAAAUCACUCGACACCAAUUCCAUAUUCAGCGAGGAUAAAGACGAUGAAGAUUAUGCACAAUCAUUGGACGAUACAUUGAGCAUGAAACGUGGCGGUAUUUAUGCUGAUGGUGUCGGUUCAAGUAGCAUGACAACAAAUAGUCGCAACGAACCGGCCGAUAUAAUAUCGGCCGAUUGUGAUAAUCACGAUUUGAAUUUGGAAGAACUUCGACAAAAAGUUAAAGUGCUGGCCGUUCGGCCAGUUGAAGGUGGCGAUGGACAAACAAAAGACUGCUGGGAAAGUGAAUUGAAUGAAACGGUUAAUAAAUUGGAUCGUUUGAUGAUGUUACAAGAAAAUAACAAGUCCCGGAAUGUGAAUUCAAAUCAAGGUGUUGUGCACAAUUCUUCCGCAUCGAAAUUAACAGGUGGACUCGUCGACAAACCACCAAAACCAAUAAAAUAUUCACAGGCAACUAAUAAUCAUUUCUAUACGCCAACACACACCGUAUCAUCAUCGAUGGCACGAGCCAAUUGCGAAUCUCACAUUCAACCAGUCAAUAACAGUCAAACCACAACACCAACAACAACAACAACAAGCAGUACAACAAAAGCAUUUUUAAAUAGUUCAUUACAAGCGGUACAACAGAAAAUGUUAGCAUCCAGUCAAACAUCAACAUCGUCCGCGUCAUCGAUCACAAAAGAAUUACCAUUACUAAGUCGCAUUUCGAAUGAAAUCUCUGCCAAUACGGCCAAUACAGUUAAAGUGCUAAAACGACGAUUAUCAUUGAAUUAGUAUAGUUUUUAUGUAUGAUGACAGGCUGAAUGUGACGAUUGCCACAAUUGAUCAUUAGACGAUUAGAAGCAAUUAUUUUUGAUGUACUCUAUUCGGAUUACAAAGGCGUUCAAGCCAGUAAUGUUUUAAUGGCGUUUAUAGACUGUUAUUUGACGAAAACGAAAAAAAAAAAUAUUUCAAUUCGGGGAUUUGGAAUUAAAACCACGACCGUAACUAAAAGAUCUGAUUAAAAGUGUGCAUACGCUAUAAUCAAAUUAUUAUCACAAAAGAGAAUAUUGGGCAAAAAAAAAUCAAGCAAAAUUAUCAUAGAUAAGUGUCUUGAACGAAAAGAUUACAUUUUUUUUAGAAAGUCACCCACAAAAAUGGGGUACACAAAAUGCAAAAACAAUUUUACCGAGUUCAAGCAGCAUAAUACAUUUUAACCAAAAUUGUUAGAUUUAUUAUCAACGAAUUUUAUCACCGAAAAUGGAAAAUCUACUUAUACAAAAUAUAAAUUUAUUAGAGGAUUUGUUGAUAUUAUUCAGAUGUGUGAUUGAAACUGGAAAGAAUUGUCUAUUUUUGUUCCAUUUCUCUCCGUUCUAUUUUUUAAUGUGCAAACAACACAAAUAACAACAAAGACUUAUUUUCGUAUGUAAAUAUUUUAUGGGAUUAAAAACAUUGUCACAUUUUGUUUUAGUUUCGAUUAAUAUCGACUUGGUUUGGUCAAAAGAGCAAUAAAAUUGCAAUAAAACCGAUGAUAUUUUGCGAUGUGUCCUCAGUUCACCAUUGAUUUCGAAAUUUUAAUGUUGAAAUCAAUCGAUUUUAAUUUUUGUUUUGGAAUAUUUAUUUGAAGAUUGAAAAAACGGAUAGUCAAUAUUGCUCACAUCUUUCAGUAGAAAACAAAGUUGAACUAUUUAUUUGGAUCAAACGAAGGAGUUUACGUCACAGACAAAUCUCACCGGUGUGCAUACAUAAAUUGAACUACCAUAAAAAAUACUGCAACUGAUGAGAGCUAUGUAUUUUGUCUUUAUUGCCUUAAGUUUUAAACUAACCGAUAAAAUCUUUGUUAAGAAUUUUAGCAAGAGCUUUUGUUUUAAAGAGACAGCAUUUAUCGAUUACAUUUAUGCAUUAGAUUUGCAAAUGUUCAUGACAAAUAUGCACUAAACAAUUUAUUGUU